AUGUGUUUAGCUUUUGAUUGGAGUAUAUGGAAUGAACCUGAUAGAGAAUGUCGUGAAAGAAAUGAUUUAGAAUCUCAAUUGGAAAAGCGAUUUUCUAUUCAAAAUAAAGAAAUUUGCAGUUUACCAAAUGAAGAAUAUUUAAAAUGUGGUUCACCAUGCCAAGCCACUUGCGACAAUUAUCGUGUUUUAAAACCGUGCUUAGCUUCAUGUAAUAAAGGAUGUUUCUGCAAAAACGGAUAUGUUAGAAAUUCAACUGGAGAGUGUAUCCUCAAGAAAGAAUGCCCAAAAAAUAAAGUAAACCUGUGUCGGUUUGAAGGAGAAAUAACAAAGAGAUACGAUUGUGAAAAUAAAUGUACAGGAUUAACAUUAGGUGGGAGUGUAUAUGAAUGCAAUCGCGCAGAUAAUGAUUUCUGUGUCUGCAAGAGAAAUUUGGCUCGUCAUCCUACCAGUGGUGCCUGCGUUCCAAUCAAUAAAUGUCCAAACCCAAUUUACUGGUGUGUUUGGGAUUAUUAUCAUGUGGAAAAUUCUAUGCUAUUAGGUAAAUAUCGUCAGCAUAGGGAAAUCACGUUUUCCAUUUAUUUGAUGGUUAGGGCCAAUUUCAAGUCACAAGAAGCAUCUCAACACUAUGAUGCUGCCACCUCCAAUCCUCACCAUAUGCCGCAGACAAAUUUUAGAUUCCAGUUUUGGAAUUCGCAUUAUGUAAAAUGCCUAGAAAAUGAAUUCUAUGACGAAUGCGGAAGUUUUUGUCCAGAAACAUGUGAUAAUUACGGGAAAGUUCGUCCAUGUAUUCAAUUAUGUAAACCCGGUUGCGUCUGUAACAAAGGAUUUGUUAGAAACUCGAAAAAUCAUUGUGUUCCAAUAGAUCAAUGCAAGAAAGGAAAUGAUUUAGAAUCUCAAUUGGAAAAGCGAUUUUCUAUUCAAAAUAAAGAAAUUUGCAGUUUACCAAAUGAAGAAUAUUUAAAAUGUGGUUCACCAUGCCAAGCCACUUGCGACAAUUAUCGUGUUUUAAAACCGUGCUUAGCUUCAUGUAAUAAAGGAUGUUUCUGCAAAAACGGAUAUGUUAGAAAUUCAACUGGAGAGUGUAUCCUCAAGAAAGAAUGCCCAAAAAAUAAAGUAAACCUGUGUCGGUUUGAAGGAGAAAUAACAAAGAGAUACGAUUGUGAAAAUAAAUGUACAGGAUUAACAUUAGGUGGGAGUGUAUAUGAAUGCAAUCGCGCAGAUAAUGAUUUCUGUGUCUGCAAGAGAAAUUUGGCUCGUCAUCCUACCAGUGGUGCCUGCGUUCCAAUCAAUAAAUGUCCAAACCGGAAAGGAGCUAAAGAAUUAAAACGUUUUAGUGAUUUAUAUAAAUGGGAAAAACAAUUUAAAUCUAGAAAGCAUAGAAUUGAAACGUUAAAAAUCAUUAAAGAACAUACUAAACAAAUGUUUGACGAAGCUCGAGACAGCUAUAAAAUUGUUAAAGGUAAUCAAUUAAAAAUAUGGGCAUUACAGAAAUUUCUUCAACUGAAUAGUUCAAUUAAAUUUACAGCUAGUGAUUCCUGGGUUGCAAAAUUUAAAAAAGAAUAUAGAUUAGCAUCUCGAAAGAUUACAAAACUUGUAAAUAAAACAGAAAUAGUGAACGAAAAGGAUAUUUUAGUAAAAGCUGCGCGAUUUCAAACAACAGUAAAAAAUUUAUUGCCAUCUUAUUCGCGAAACUUCAUAUUCAAUACGGAUCAGUGUGGUUUUUCGUACGAAAUGAUUUCACCGAGGACACUUUCAUAUAAAGGAGAAAAACAUACUAUUGGAUUUGCACAUUCUCCAAGUAAUAAAGUUACGCAUUCCUACACCGUUCAAUAUUUAAUUAAUGCUAACGGACAAGUUGUAGAUAAUGUAUUUAUUUGCUUACAAGAGGCUCACGGAACUUUUGGACCUAGAGUUCAAACAUCGCUGUUCAAUGCCCCAAACGUAACUGUUACAGCUAGCUCAUCUGAUUUUAGAUUCCAGUUUUGGAAUUCGCAUUAUGUAAAAUGCCUAGAAAAUGAAUUCUAUGACGAAUGCGGAAGUUUUUGUCCAGAAACAUGUGAUAAUUACGGGAAAGUUCGUCCAUGUAUUCAAUUAUGUAAACCCGGUUGCGUCUGUAACAAAGGAUUUGUUAGAAACUCGAAAAAUCAUUGUGUUCCAAUAGAUCAAUGCAAGAAAGGAAAUGAUUUAGAAUCUCAAUUGGAAAAGCGAUUUUCUAUUCAAAAUAAAGAAAUUUGCAGUUUACCAAAUGAAGAAUAUUUAAAAUGUGGUUCACCAUGCCAAGCCACUUGCGACAAUUAUCGUGUUUUAAAACCGUGCUUAGCUUCAUGUAAUAAAGGAUGUUUCUGCAAAAACGGAUAUGUUAGAAAUUCAACUGGAGAGUGUAUCCUCAAGAAAGAAUGCCCAAAAAAUAAAGUAAACCUGUGUCGGUUUGAAGGAGAAAUAACAAAGAGAUACGAUUGUGAAAAUAAAUGUACAGGAUUAACAUUAGGUGGGAGUGUAUAUGAAUGCAAUCGCGCAGAUAAUGAUUUCUGUGUCUGCAAGAGAAAUUUGGCUCGUCAUCCUACCAGUGGUGCCUGCGUUCCAAUCAAUAAAUGUCCAAACGUUCAUUGAACUUUUGAAAUCUAUUUGUUAAAAUUUCUUUAAAUUUGUAAUAAACAAAUUUAUAAAAUGUUCAUAAAGCGUGUGUAUUA